AUGGCAUCCCGGGCCCUGCGCACCCUCAACCUCGGCGUUGCAGCCGCGACGCCGUCCCUGAUAGCCCGGACCCCGGCGGCGACUCGGUCUUUUGCCAACGCCGCGGCGAGGCGGUACGCUUACAAGGACACGCAGGACCGCGAGUCGCUGAACCCGAGCGGCACCGAGGGCACCAAAUCAGGACGGGACUCCGAGGUGGCGCACGAGAAGGAGGCGUUCGACCCUUCGACGACACGGCCGGGCGCCGAGAAGCGCGAGGCCGACGGUGGCGCGCUCGACGUCUCGGGCGCGAACCAGGCGGCAUCCAAGCCGCAGGGCGACGAGCCGCACAGCGGCGGCGGCGGCGGCGAGGAGGUAAGGAAGGGGGGCAGGAGCGGCGGCGGCGGUGGGGCCAAGGACGGGAAGAACUGA